CCAUGUGACCUCUGUGAUCAUUCACAGAUUUCACACGUAGUAAGCAAUGAUGUCAGAAGUGACAUCUUGCUUACUACUUUGCAUGUGAUCACUGAUUGGCCAAUCAGUGAUCACAUGAUUGGGACCUCACACAGAGGUCCCGUUCAGCGAUCUGUGCUCUGCUGUGUCCUCCGGACACAGCGGGCACCAGAUUGCGGUGCCGCGCACUCCUAGGGAGCGCACACAGUCCAAAAUGGCGGGCGCCAUUUAUGAACGGUGACCUGCCCUGAACUGCCACUGUCCGGCUGUUUAUAUACAACGGCCGGACGGGAA